AGGACUCCUAUCGGAAGCAAGUGGUUAUCGAUGGUGAGACGUGCCUGCUGGACAUUUUGGACACGGCGGGUCAGGAGGAAUAUAGUGCCAUGCGGGACCAGUACAUGCGCACUGGAGAGGGCUUCCUGUGUGUGUUUGCCAUCAACAACACCAAGUCUUUCGAGGACAUCCACCAGUACAGGGAGCAGAUCAAGCGAGUGAAGGACUCCGAUGACGUGCCCAUGGUGCUGGUGGGGAACAAGUGUGACCUGGCUGCCCGCACCGUGGAGUCCCGGCAGGCACAGGACCUCGCCCGCAGCUAUGGCAUCCCCUAUAUCGAGACGUCGGCCAAGACUCGCCAGGGCAGCCGCUCUGGCUCUGGCUCCAGCUCCGGGACCCUCUGGGACCCUCCGGGACCCCCGUGACCCAGCGGCCCCUAGCGCUGGCGUGGAGGACGCCUUCUACACGCUGGUGCGAGAGAUCCGGCAGCACAAGGUGCGAAAGCUGAGCCCGCCCGACGAGGGUGGCCCAGGCUGCAUGAGCUGCAAGUGCCUGCUCUCCUGACGUCCCUUCCAGGCCCCCCCUGACAUCCCCGCAGGCCCUCUGUGCCCCAGCAGCGCAGGCAGGGGGCGUGGAGGUGCCAGAUGCCGGGAGGAGGUGCCGACGGAGGAAGGAGGAGGGGAAGGAAGGAAGGAAGCGCCACCGGAGCCCGGCCAGCCCAGGCUCCCUGGACAGAGUGACCGCAGACCUCCCAGGACGCUUUGCACAGACUGUGGUGAACUGAGGCCACCGGCACCCUGGCUGUCACUCUCCUCCCAGCCCCGUCCUGGCCCUUUGGCCACAGGCUGAGUCGCAGUAAAUUAUUGGAUGGUCUUGA